UCCAGAUUCAGAAAAAUUGAUUUUAUUUAUCACAAAUGUAUGGUCUGACAUAUUUGUCUUCCAAGGUGCAAUUAACAAAGCUAUGCAAUUAGUUGUCAAGCAGAGUGCAAGCAAUGAGAUGCUGACCUGUUUGAGUGCUUAUCUCAACUGGGAACAGAGUUCCUCUUUAGAUGCUGGUAUUAUGGUCUCAAACCUGCUUUUAGAAAUGCAGUCAUGUCCAAAAGUAGAAUUUCAACUGAGUGAGCAAUAUGGAGAAGAUCUGAGUGAAGAUGCUUGGCAAUACAUAUUUGCUGUUGAUUUACUCUGCUCUCGCAUGAAGUGGGAUUGGACUCACGACAAUGUUAUAAGCAAAGUGCUUUGGCCUUCUAUGGAUAAAUGGGUAAAGAAGAGAAAGGGGCAUGAAACUGCUCAAUCCAUUCCUGAUAGUGUUAUAGGACUGACACUCAGGCUAAUUGGUCGAUUGGGCCAGAUCGGUUUGAAGGAAGGAUAUCUUGCUGCAGUGAAGAAUAUUAGUUCUGUAAUUGGACUAUUUGUACAGCAUGCAAAAGAGGAAGGUGUUCCCUGGGGUGUGCAGCUGGCCGCCAUAUAUUCACUGUGUGACUUGGGUUCAAGCAAUCCAGAAGGUAUUGUUGAGGCCAUCCAUGCUUGGAGAGCAACAGUUCUUAACAACAUCCCUUUUGCUGUCACAAGUGGCAUAGCUGAAAUCGCUUCUCUGUGUAAAAUGGAGCUAAACUAAAAUCUACGGAAGCGGACUGAUCUGAAGGAAAAAGUGCCUUAUUUUACUAAGCAGUAGUUGGUUCCAGUUAAAAACAAUACAAAGUGGUGUGUCCUCUUUUAUUAACUUUUUUUUUAACAGAAUCUGAUUACACAAAGCAAGCUGAAGUAUUUUUAUUUGACUUUUCUGUUUGAGGG